GCGAGCGGCUGAUUUCCGCUUCCUUCACUGCUGUUGCUCCUGCUGGUUUGCUGGUGGCCACUGAAGUAAAGAUGGCGGCGGCCGAGACCGAUCGUGAUGCACCGUCCGCUCUGUGUAGCGAAUUCCUCAAUUUCUCCGCUAAGGACACCGCUGCGAAAUGGCUACAGGUGAGCAACCUACCCAAAGAGGUGUACCAGCACUUGGCCUGCUAUGUCCCCAAGAUCUACUGCCUGGGUCCCAACCUCAACCCUCAGAACGAGGACCUGCUUGCUCAGCUGCUGCUUCAGGGCCCGCUGGAGUGGUAUCUGUGUGGGGAAGAGCCGUCCGUGGGCUUGUCCAAACUCGAACAGAACAACCAGCCGUCACAACUUUGUGGCCAUGUGUUUAAAGUGGGAGAGCCAACAUACUCCUGCAGGGAGUGUGCAGCCGAUCCGACCUGUGUGCUGUGUAUGCAGUGCUUCUUAGGCAGCGUCCACAAAGAGCAUCGCUACAGGAUGACAACCUCAGGAGGAGGAGGCUUCUGCGACUGUGGAGACACAGAGGCCUGGAAGAAGGGUCCUUACUGUCAAAAACACGAGCCUAAUAUCAGUGACUCCUCCCAGAAGGAUCCUUUAGCGAAUCUGUCUGCUGAGAUGAUCGCUCGCACGUAUAAUGUUUUCUCCAUCAUCCUCAAAUAUGCAGUGGACAUGCUCACCUGGGACAAAGAGGACGAGCUGCCUGAAGGCCUCGAGCCACCGGCACGUGGAGAUAUGUACUACUGCAUGCUGUUCAACGAUGAGGUCCACACGUACGAGCAGGUCAUCUAUACACUACAGAAAGCUGUGAACUGCACCCAGAAAGAGGCCGUCAGUUUCGCCACCACCGUGGACAGAGAUGGCAGGAAGUCUGUUCGCUUUGGGGACUUCCAGUUUUGCGAGCAGGCCAAAUCUGUUAUUGUGGUAAAUACUCUGCAAUCAACAUCUACAAAACCACUUGCCUGGAGAAACACGAGUCGGCAGACGAAACCUCUGCGGGUUCAGGUCAUGCACUCUUCUGUAGUGGCUCAUCAGUGUUUUGCACUCAAAGCUCUGAACUGGCUUGGCCAAACCAUCAGAUACUCAGCAGAUGCUCUGAGGAGGAUCUUGUGUCAGGUGGGUCUGCAGAGAGGACCGGAGGGAGAAAACUCCUCUCUAGUGGACAAACUCAUGCUCUGUGACUCCAAGAUGUGGAAAGGAGCGAGAAAUGUUUACCAUCAGCUCUUUAUGAGCAGUCUACUCAUGGAUCCGAAGUACAAGAAACUUUUUGCUAUCCAGUUUGCGAGGAGUUACCAGCGCCUUCAGACAGAUUUUAUGGAGGACGAUCACGAGCGUGUAGUGUCAGUGACCUCUCUGUCAGUGCAGCUCUUCACCGCGCCUACUGUGGCGCGGAUGCUGAUCACAGAUGAGAAUCUGAUGACCACCAUCAUCCGCACGUUCGUGGAUCACCUCAGACACCGAGACCUGCAGGGCCGCUUCCAGUUUGAACGCUACACCGCACAACAGGCCUUCAAAUUCCGCCGAGUCCAGAGCCUUAUCGGAGACCUCAAGUAUGUCUUGAUCAGCCGUCCAACAGAGUGGACCGACCAACUCAGGGAGAAGUAUCUGGAAGGUUUUGAUGCUUUCUUGGAGUUGCUUAAAUGCAUGCAGGGAAUGGACCCGGUUGUGCGCCAGGUGGGGCAGCACAUAGAGAUGGAGCCAGAAUGGGAGGCAGCGUUUACCUUACAGAUGAAGCUCACACAUAUCAUCUCCAUGAUGCAGGAGUGGUGUGCCAGUGACGAGAGAGUGCUGAUUGAAGCGUAUAAGAAGAGCCUGAGUGCACUGACUCACUGCCACAGCGGUUUCACAGACGGAGAGCAGCCUAUAACCCUCAGCAUGUGCGGUCACUCCGUCGACACCAUCCGCUACUGCGUCUCUCAGGAGAAAGUGAGCAUACACCUGCCUGUGUCCCGGCUUCUAGCAGGUUUACAUGCUCUGCUGAGCAAAAUUGAGGUUGCCUAUCGAUUCCCCGAGCAGCUUCCUCUGAGUGAACUAAGUCCACCCAUGCUGAUCGAACACCCGCUCCGCUGCCUUGUACUCUGUGCCCAGGUGCAUGCUGGGAUGUGGAGAAGAAACGGCUUCUCUUUGGUUAAUCAGAUAUAUUAUUAUCACAAUGUGAAGUGUAGAGUGGAGAUGUUUGAUAAAGACCUCAUCAUGCUUCAGGCUGGAGCUUCCAUGAUGGAUCCAAACCACUUCCUGAUGAUCAUGUUGAGUCGUUUUGAGCUCUAUCAUAUCUUCAGCUCAGCAGACUGCAGAAAGAGAUACAGCCGAGAGAACGCAAAUAAGGAUGUGGUUCAGCAAAAUAACACCCUAAUAGAGGAAAUGCUGCACUUGAUCAUUAUGAUCGUGGGUGAGCGCUACACAGCAGGUGUCGGUCAGGUGGAGAUCACGGAUGAGAUCAGACGAGAGAUCGUUCACCAGCUCUGCAUUCGACCCAUGGCCCACAGCGAGCUGGUCAAAGCACUGCCUGAGAAUGAGAACAAGGAGACAGGAAUGGAGAGGGUCAUCGAUAGUGUGGCUUUGUUUAAGAAGCCUGGCGUGACGGGUAGAGGACUCUAUAAACUCAGACCAGAGUGUGCCAAGAUGUUCAAUCUUUACUUCCACCAUUACUCCAGAGCUGACCAGUCUAAGGCUGAAGAAGCUCAAAGAAAAAUAAAGAGGCAAAAUGGGGAAGAUUCAGUUCUGCCUCCACCAGUCCUGCCUCGCUUCUGUCCGCUGUUUGCCAGUCUGGUGAACAUCCUGCAGUGUGACGUGCUGCUGGGCAUUCUAGGAGCUGUUCUGCAGUGGGCAAUGGAGCCUAGUGGAGGACACUGGUCUGAGUCCAUGCUUCAGAGGGUGCUGCAUCUCAUUGGGAUGGGGCUGGUGGAAGAACAGCAGCAUCUCAUCAGCAGCGCAGAAGACUAUAAUGAUACCAACUUCAAUUUCACUCUCAAAAUCUCCAGACCCGGCGAGGCUCCUGCUAACACUGCCAGCAUCUUGGCUUUACUGGAGACGCUGCAGAACGCUCCUCAUCUGGAGGUGCACAAGGACAUGAUCCGCUGGAUCCUCAAGACUGUGGCCUACAUCAAAACCACGCGUGAGUGCACAGCCAGUGCGCCCCCCAGUGACAGCUCAGGGCACAGUCAAGAGGAGACGGUGCGGGAUAAGGAAAAGGCGGAGCGGAAGAGGAAAGCGGAGAUGGCGCGACUCAGGAGAGAGAAAAUCAUGGCUCAGAUGUCAGAGAUGCAGAGACACUUCAUCAACGAGAACAAAGAGUUGUUCCAGCAGAGCCUGGAGGACCUGGACCCCUCCACAUCCUCCACGCUGGAGCACAGCCCCAGCUCGUGUGACAGUGCUCUGGUGUGUGUGGGCCCGCGGCGCUGGCGAGCAGGUGGCAGCGACCGCAGGCAGGUGGUGACAUGUAUCCUGUGCCAGGAGGAGCAGGAGAUCCGUAGCGACGGCAAAGCCAUGGUCCUCGCUGCAUUCGUCCAGCGCUCCACUGUCAUGUCCAAAAACCGCAAGAGACCACCACACAACCCAGAUAAAUAUGACCCCCUGUUCAUGCACCCCGACCUGUCGUUCGGCACACACACGGGCAGCUGUGGACACAUCAUGCACUCGCACUGCUGGCAGAGGUAUUUUGAGGCGGUGCAGGCUAAAGAGCAGCGCAGGCAGCAGAGGCUCCGUGUGCACACUAGUUAUGACGUGGAGAACGGAGAGUUUUUGUGUCCACUCUGCGAAUGUCUGAGUAACACAGUCAUUCCUCUGCUGCCACUCACUAAGACCUGCUGCAGCUCUGAACAGCCUGAUCUGAGCCAGUGGUUAAACAUCACCUCUCAUCAGAUGAAAGCCCUGAUCUCUGCUCACAGGAAGUCCAAAACCAGCAGUGCUGAAGCUGCUGAUGAAACAGACGGUGUCAAUGACUGUCCACCACCUGAUGGCUUCAGACUAGAUCACACUCCAAAAAAUCCAUAUUCAAGCACCAUAAAGGAGAUGCUGACUACGUUUGGGACAGCCACGUAUAAAGUGGGUCUGAAAGUGCACCCGAAUGAGCAGGACCCCCGAGUGCCAAUCAUGUGCUGGGGCAGCUGUGCCUACACCAUCCAGUCUAUAGAGAGAUUACUGGUGGAUGAAGAGAAGCCUUUGUUUGGAAGUUUACCAUGCAGACAGGACGACUGUUUGAGUUCUCUGACGCGGUUUGGCUCUGCCUGCUGGACAGUCUCCUCUCAUACCACUGUACAGAAUCACUUCAUCAGGCUCUUAGCAGCCCUUGUUCCUGAUCCCCGGGUGGAGAAUACCCCUUGUAUUCUGGAUGUAGACAUGUUUCACUUGCUGGUGAGUUUGGUGCUGUCCCAUCCAGCAGUUCUCUGUCUGGAUUCCUCAGGGCUCAGCGCAGAUGCUGCACAACUGCACUUCUUGCACCUGAUCACAGUCGCUCACGUUGUCCAGAUCCUCCUGACCUCUUUACCUGAGGAGGUGCGGAUGGAGCAGGAGACUGGAGGAGCCGAGAGAGAAGAGGAGGAGAGUGUGUGUUUGCUCUACAAUACUCUCAGGAGUCUGCUGGGCCGUGGCUUGCGCGAGGUGAGCUCAGGCUGGCAUCUGUGGCGCUGUGUGAAAGCUGGAAUCCUGCCUUAUCUGAGAGCCGCCGCUCUCUUCUUCCACUAUCUCAACGGAGCUCCAGCACCACCGGAGUUACACGCUCUAGGUGCGGGUGAAUGGGAGGCUCUGUGUGGAUACCUGUGUCUGCCUUCCAACCUGCUACAGCUCUACUUCAACAAUCUAGACAUCAUGGAGCCUCUGUUGCAUGGGUGGUGUUCUCAUCCAGCUCUUCAGGCUCUUCAGAGCAGCGUGACUCUCAUCAGGUUUCCCAGAGAGUCCAAUCAUCUCAUCGAUCUGCCGGGCGACUACAGCGCGUUGAUCAACCAGGCCUCCAGCUUCACGUGUCCUAAAUCUGGAGGAGAUAAGUCUCGCGUUCCUACUCUGUGUCUGGUGUGCGGUGCCAUGCUCUGCUCUCAGAGCUACUGCUGUCAGACGGAGCUGGAAGGAGAAGACGUGGGGGCCUGUACCGCACACACUUUCACCUGCGGAGCCGGAGUCGGCAUCUUCCUCAGGGUGAGGGAAAGUCAGGUCCUGUUCCUGGCUGGCAAAACUAAGGGCUGUUUUUAUGCUCCCCCAUACCUGGAUGACUAUGGAGAAACAGACCAAGGGCUAAGACGGGGGAACCCAUUACACUUGUGCCAUGAGCGCUACAGAAAGAUCCAGAAGCUGUGGCGUCAGCACAGCAUCACGGAGGAGAUCGGCCACGCUCAGGAGGCCAAUCAGACUUUGGUGGGCAUCGACUGGCAGCAUCUGUGAACUUGCAUUUCUCACAUUUACACACAAAGGGGACCCGCACAGCAGGGCCAGAGGCUCCACGCCGUGUCUCUCGCUCUUCCUCCACCCCUUUCUCCAUCUUUCUGACAGUGGACGAAUGCAUGACUUCUCUUUUCUUUUCGUCUUUUGAUGGAGACGUCUCCAUUUUUUUCGUUUGAAUAUGAAAUAAAUACAUAUUUAAAAAGACAUAUAGCCAAGGUGUUGAACCGCAACCAAUGAGGGUUCCUUAUUUGCAACAGAUAUUCUUCAUAGGAAUGAUAUUUAAUUUCUUCUCCAACUAAUGUUAAAUUAUUUUGGAGGGAAUUAUUUCGCUUCCACAUAUAGGUUUCUUCGCAAGACACUACUCUUAUCGCUUUGGGAGUGCUGUCCUUCAAGUAAGCACAAAUAUCCCUCAAAGCCCAAGCAGGGAUAGCGCCACCUGUAGGAUACACGCCGCAUUCUCUUUGCCCCCUUCAUCUCAAAGGCUGCAAUACAUUAUGAGUUAAGGCCACCUAAUUAAUGUGCUCUGCCAACGCACAUGAAUAUGUCCUUCGAACGCUCGGUUUCUGUUUGUCUGGGUCCUGUAUGAGUGAGUUUUUACGUGCCGGUGUGUAGUUGGUAUGUUUGUUAUACGAUGGUUUUUCUAAGGUGGUUCGUUUUUUUAUGACUGUUGUUGUUGUGUUGUUGUGAAGCUUAUUUAUGUGUUUCUGGCAGAUGUUUGUUGUGUUUAACUCAAAUCUAUGGAGUCAUGCUUUUCACAAAGUUGAACAUGACUUCCAUUCUUACACAUGAUUUUGACGUGUGCCGUGUGGUUAUUUUUUUUUCUUGAGACUGCUGCACCUUUUUUUCUGAGCAGUAACGAAUGCAGAUUUGCAUAUCCUUAAGUUUUGGUCUCCUUUUUUUCUUUAUAGUGGCCUUGGCCUGAGUAUUUAGUCCAAACGAAAGCGUAAACAUACACACAUGCUGCUUUCAGAUACAAGUUUUCAUGCCUCGCGCAAUUCAGAGGAAGGCCCGUUGUUUCUAAAGCGGUGAGCAUACUCCCUGAGACAAUUCCAGUGGCUGCUGCAGCGUAUUACUUCACGAACUGACUUGUUAAUAUGUGAAUUCUUGUAUAAAUGGGUACAGUGUACUAUAUUGUAAAACAUUAAUGAAAUAAAAAAGACAAAAAGAC